UCAGUGGAGGCGUCUCAAAUAGUAAACAAAUACAUAACCUCAAAGUCAUAAAUUUGUUUUCUUUUACUUUUCUGUGUAGUUUUCAAUAAGUUUAAGGCCAAAAAACCCGUAAAUGUGGUCAGAGUGAUGCCUCUAAUAAAACUCUCGAACAACAACUCCUGUUCCGCCGAUAUGAGCGACAACGAAGUAUCGGGAAACGAGUCAGAAAGGUCCAAUUCAAGCAGAGAAAAUGAGGGUAACAGAGAAACCUCCGAAGAUGAGCCCGAUUCAGAUGAUAGCUCUGAUAUGGACGAAGGUGAAUGCGAAACACGAAGAACCGAACUAAUUCAACACGUCCAGGAUCUUGAAAAUCAGUUUAGUCUACUGCGGGAGCAAUUGUACAGGGAGCGGAUCCAACAAGUCGAAACUCAGCUGGCUGAAGUGAAAAGUGGCAAAUCUUCGGAAUAUCUUAUUCCUCUGCAACAAUUGGAAGAGCAGAGGCGCGUACGUACCGAAGUUGCUGGCAUUUUAAGGCAACUGAGACUUGAAAAUGUGAAUAACCAGUAUGAGGCCGAGAAGCAAGCGGCACUUCAAAAUUUCGAAAGUGAAAAAUCCUUGGCUAUGGAUUACUACCAUAGUGACUUAAUGGACACCAUAAAGAGACUUGAGGAAGAUAAGCAGAACAGUGAAAUACUAUGGGGCGAAGAUGGAGAGUGGGGUUCAAGAGCUAGAUCGACAACUAGGAAAAAGGCUGUUACUGUUACGGGGCCUUAUAUUGUGUAUAUGCUUAAGCCUGAGCAAAUUAUGGAAGACUGGACAAUAAUCAGAAAGGCUUUAAAAAGAACAGCUUAAUUCUCAGAUUGUGAUUUGUGUGUGUGUAUGCGGACAUUGUUUCUGUUGAUAGUGUUAUUGAUGAGUGUUACUUUAUAGUCUUACAGAGGGACAAGAAAAAUCAAUUUAAGAAAAAAAACUCAGAAGAGAGCAUUAACAUCAUCUGAAUUAUAUGACCAAAGCAUUAAAAAGAUGAUAAUAGUGAAUCUAUCUAAGGUAUCAGUGAAUUCUUAGUCUCACUAGGACACUAGCUCAUUUUUUCUACCCUUAGAAACACAUUUUUUAUUAAUAUUUAUGUGCAUAAAAUAUCAAUGUUUCUGUUCCAGUUUAACUAGAAAAUAGAAUUUUUUGUUUUGAUUUUCUCUCAAGAUUGUCUGUUACUCUUCUUGUGGGUUAUUUAAAUAUUAAAAAUAUAUUAACAUA